AUGGAUUUCCCGUUCCCUGAGGGUCUUGGCCCUGAUAUGAUUUAUCACAAGACGAAAUUGUUUCUUCAGUCGUUGGGUCGUUUUGAUGAUAUGUCAAUCAUAGCUUAUGUUGAUAAGGAACAGUUCGGCAGUAAAUUGGUCGGUGCCUAUAAAGAUGCCGGAAUCACCAUCAUUCCCCGAGAAGGAUAUUUAUCUGAAAAGUUUGAUGGUGCUCUCGAAAGAAAUAGGAAAAGAAUCGCUUUUCUUCAGUCGAUGUCAAGUCUAUGUCUCCAUAUUUUCUUAACACUACUUGAUCAUGAUCUCCCACCAUCACUCGAUAGUCCGCUAGAGCGGAUAUGCUUCAGUCUCCCAUUAGAGCCUACCUUACUCGGCAGCUCUGACCGUAAACCGAAGAGCAGAGAGGAGUCUCUUUAUUCUUCCCACGAAACCAUUCCUGCUUCUCCCGUCCAAUCUACGUCCUACGAAUGUUCCACACAUGUCUUCUGGGACGGUGUUGAUUUCCCGCUACCUUAUAAUGAUCCUCAUUAUGCGUUUAGGGUUUCGCAAUCCACUCUUAAGGAAUUGGAUCUUCCUGCAGCGUCAUCACUCGUGGCCUAUAUUAACGAGUCAGACUUGUGCGGUGAAACGGAAACGGAUGGAAUCACCAUCAUUCCCUGUCAAGGGGAUGAAGAAGCGAGGUGUCAUGCUACGUUGGUGGACAUUGUUUUGUGGGCAAUGGAAAAUCCGGCCACCUACUUUGAAAAAAAAUCUUUGAUGGUUAUCUCAAAAAACAUCAAACAAGGAACGGAUUUUUUCAAUGCACUUAAAGCUCUGCAUGAGAGACAUUACAAUGUCAUCUUAGGAGAGCCUAACCCUCAAGAUCUCUCAUCUCCUAUGUACACUAGAUUGUUUACAUGUGCUCCAAAUCUUUUUGUGCGAGAGGAGGUUGUUGGUUUCUCUAACGGACUAGCUUCUUUGUAUCACCCAGAAUUUCGCUGGUGUGAUGUACUCAUCUUCUGGGAUUCCACGGUAUCCCAACCGAUUUUUCGAGUGUGGAGCGGGUUCUUCAAAACAAGGGCUAUCACAGCAACGUGA